GAAAAAUCUAAACUUAAGCUGAGAGUUACAAAGAGCAAGAAAAGUGUUUCAUGAGACAUACGUAAAAAUGGGUGUGAUGAAGUGGCUCGUGAUUUUCUUCUUACUGGACAUAGGUUCACAGACAGCAGACGCAUCAGGUAUCCCAGUGAGUGUGUUCUCUGCAACGUCCAAGACUAUCAUUGUGAGAUGGCAAAGAGUCACCGGAGCCAGUUCAUACAAGGUCACCAUCGCCCUCCAAAGCUCACCAAGCACCGCUGUUUCUUUUGCCACCUUUGGUGAGAACACAGUGAUGGGCUCUCUCAACGGUCUCUCCCCAAACAACAUCUAUGUCUACACAGUUGAAGCGCUGGACGGUAGCAUGACAGUGGUGGACAGUGGAACCGGACAACAUACAACAGCCCCUGAGGUGAUGGACCCCAUUGAGAAUGUGAAGCCAAAGGACAGCACAACCAUGAUUGUGGAGUUCACCCCAAGCACCGGAGCAUCUGAAUACAUUGUGCGAGUCCAGAACAAUGACGGCUUCUUCAGGGAAGACACAGUGCUCAUGAGCCCUGCUGAGAUCGAGAACCUGACUCCAUUCACCAGCUACAGUUUCAGCAUCAUGGCCGUGAACAGCGGUGGUCGCAGCCAGCCUUCACUUUCUGUUACAGGAAAGACAGUGUUGCCUCCUCCUGUGCUCGAAACCUCCUCUCCCAGUAAUAGCAGCAUCAUUGUUUCCUGGGACCCAAUUCCCCAUGCUGUCCAGUACAGUGUGUACUUACACCUGUUGGGCUCAGACGAGAUCAUCAAACGCAACACUUCAAACACCAACCUGACUGUCUACGACCUGGAGCCUGGUUCACUCUAUAUGAUAAAAGGUUGUGCCUGGGACCCUGAGGACAGAAAGGGAGAGCCCAGUUCAUACGUCAACCAGACAACACGACCUCCAACACCGGUCGAUGUCACCGUAUCUGUCACACACAACCAGGGUCAGGCUGGACUCUUGGUGUCCUGGAGUCUUGAUCGGGAGGUUUAUGGAGUCAUCGACUACCAUGUGAUGAGUGACCACAACCUAAUGUGUAACUCCUCAUCUGACUCCUGCAUCCUGUCUCCAGUGGGCUGUGGAGAGGUUCACAGCAUUCAGGUCACUGCCUCAAAUGAUGCUGGGCCCAGCUACCCAUCCAGCCCAACUGUGUUUAUCACCUUCCCUUGUCCACCAGAGUCUCUGGCCAUACAGGAGACUGCACCAGAAAACUGCACUCUGUCAUGGGACUCAGUGGAAUAUGCUGACAGCUACAGGGCCUACUUCAAAAAUGGUGCUGGAGAGGAGGAGAUAUGCAACACCACCGGCAACAACUGUACCUUCCACUGUGAAUGUGGCUACCAAUACCUGAUGAUGGUCACAGCAAUCAACCAGGCUGGAGAAAGUCCCAAAGGAAUGACCCUCAACUACACCACCGUACCCUGUUGUCCAGAGGAUGUCAGUGUCUCCCUGGUGAGCACCGACACUUUGGAGAUCAUGUGGGAGGCCUCACGUGGGGCUGACCUCUAUGAGACUCGGGCUGCAGAUAAUUUAGAGGACAUCCGGUGUAACGACACAGCACCUGUCUGCGCUCUCUCUGACCUCACCUGUGACAGGUCAUACAGCGUGGUGGUGAUACCCUGCAAUGACGUCAGCGGCUGCAACCAUAAUUGUGGAGCUCACACCAAAGACACAGCGCCCUGUACACCAGAAGAUGUGACAGUGAAUCAACAAAGCGAUUCCUCACUCACUGUCAGCUGGACAGGGACCAACCGUGCAGCUACUUACACAGUGAGUGCAGUUGGAGAUGGUGAUGUUUACACCUGCAGUGACCCUGGAAGCAGCUGUGACAUCACUGGCCUUCCCUGCGGAUGCACCUUCGAGGUCAGCGUCAAGGCAAACAGCACAGCAGGACAAAGCUUACCCAGCUUCUCUCAUUCAGUGGAAACAGAACCCUGCUGUCCAGACAGUCUCAGUGUGGACCAGGUAACUCAGGCCAUGACCAACGUGUCCUGGUCUCACGCCAAAGGGGCUUAUUCAUUCAUCACAUCGCUCACAUCGUCGCGUGGCCACGCCCGCUGCCACACAGAGGACUCCCACUGCCUCAUGGGAUGCAUCACAUGUGGCACCAAUUAUACUGUCACCAUGAAGGCGUACAGCCAGAGUGGGCGCAUGUCCAACUGCACCUACCAGGGCUUUUCAUCCAGUAUCUGCUGUCCAUCAGGUGUGAGGCUCUACAAAUUGUCCAAUAACUCUCUGCGGGUUUUCUGGCGCUCUUCCGGCAGCAUGCAUAACUACAAUGUCGAGUUGAUGGGCGCCAACCGCAACUACACCUGCCAAGCAAAUGCAGGACACAGCAGCUGUGACAUCGACAUCGUCCAGUGUGGGGACGUUUAUCGUGUAGUUGUGGCUCCGGUCACACCAGAGGGCACCGUAGUCCCAUUCUGUGCUCAGAGAAUGUAUUCAGUCACUUGUUUAGAUAGCGUUGUUGGUUCAGUGAUUUACAGAGGAAAGAGAAGUGUGGAGUAGCAUCUGCGUCCUCUUCACAGAUGCACCAGAAAGAUUCUUCAUCAACGUCUUCCUCUUCUACUUUCAUCACCUCUGCUCUACCGGAAUGAAACUUCAUAAUCUUUAAUAAAUACAAGAACAUCACGUAACCAAAAUGCCUUCCAGUUGGAAAUAAAUUGUUAACUUAUGUCUAACAUUCUUGCGAGAUGAUCACAGUAUGAAAAAUGUGUGACAAAAGAGAAAAAUAAUGUAUAAGAAAUUGUGUUAAACCUGGUUUAACUCGUGCUUGUGUAACACGGCUGCACAAAGCCAUCUACGAGCUGUGAUUAAGCACAUUAACAACACGAGUAUUUUCAGUGUUCACUCCUCUCAAACAAAAAAUAAACUCUAUAGAUUUGAGAGGCCUCAUAUGAUAAAAUAUAUGAUUCACAAAAAGACUAAAAACAUAAAUAAAUUGUUGUGGCUGUCUAAUUACAGAAUUAGCUGCCUGAGUUAUUGGACAAAUUAAACCUGAUUGGCAACUAAUUCAAUAACAGUAACUUUAAAUUCAUUGUGAAACAUUUUGCCCCUUUACUUGAAAUAUUAAAUUGACAAGUGCUAAAGUAAAAUGACUUAUGUAGCUCUUCCCCAAGUUAGAAACCUCCUGAAAAUAAAUGGCAGUCAUACAGUUUCCUGUUGCUGUAAUUUCAGGAUGAUGUUAAAUAUGAUUGGAAUAUAUGUCACUGUGGUUGUGUAAACCUCACACAUAUUUCUCUAUUAAAGACUUCCCAGCAUCA